ACCAAGGAUGUCCCCGGCAGCGUCGUUCUCACAACGGUGGGCCCGAGACAACCUGAUACGAGAAGCUUCAAAUGAAGAGUUGACUGUCCUCGACCUCUUCCCGAUAACCUGCGAAGGCGACGAGGCAGAGGCAGCGAAGAGGGCGCGACGAUAUUACACGGCAAGAGGUCCCGGUGGACUCACAGAUUUGUGGCAUAAAAGGCAUCCAGAUGAUGAAGAUAUCCUCUCUAGUUGUCAAGAUGCUUACAUAGUGCCUCUGAAAGAAAAAAGCGUUGGCGGCAGACGAAUGACCUUGGUCAAAAUACCAGCUCCCACUGCUUUGGACAGGCCUCUCUCUGCACGUGCAUUAUUGGCAAGAUGGCUUAUGAUCAUGGACAUAAGAUUACGGGAAGACCCUACACCAGGUGGAGAGGUAGUAUUCAUCGACGUUAGUGAUCUUCAACCUUCUCAUCUCAAGAAUCACUUCAGAGCCACUUAUUGGAAGGAUUUUGUUUGGUGUAUGAAGCAAGCAUAUCCCCUACGGUUCUCUGAAGUCCACGUAAUAAAUACACAACGCCUGAAGACCAUGUCUUUGCUACUCCUGCACAUUGGUCUGUAUCCCUGGCGUCGCAAGGUCGUUCAGAUACACGCAAAUGAUGAGCAAAUUAAUCAUGCGAUGGGGCUGGACUACUUCCCUGUGGAGGGACUGCCUUAUGAAUAUGGUGGCAAAGCUGGGGCCAUGAGGGACCUCAAUGAUGAAUGGACAAAAAAACUUCUAUCAAAUUCCAAAUGGCUACAAACAGAAGAACGAAAGUUCUACGAAACAGAUUUAAAACCAGAAAUACGUACGAAAACUAGACACCGAAGUGCUGUUAGAAAUUUACACAAAAGUAAUGGCUCUUAUAAUAUGAUGACAAGGACUCAUUCUUGCAGAUCAUUGCACAGACAUGAUGAUUUAGACGAAGGGACUUAUGGUGCCUACAGGACUUUAAAACUUUCCGAUACACAAUAUCAUGUUUAAAAAGUCAAAACAACUUGAAGUUACUGUAAUUCAACUAUUCGUCGACUUAAAGAAUGGUUUUCCGGAUUAUAUUAUAGCGUCAAGCGUUUCACGGAUUAUUUCUUGUAACGGAAGUCGAUCUUCGAUUAAAAAAUUAAGUUUUCCAUGUAUGUAUGACGUGUUUUCAUAAUUAUUUAUCGAAGAUAGACUUUCCACAAUAUGCUACCAGAUAAUCCUACAGUAUUUUGGUCAUAUUGCUCACCGAUAAGCAGACAAUCUUGACAAACUGGUUGUGGUGGGUAAUGUGGAUGGAAAAAGACUUCACGAUCGAUCACCUGGCCGAAUUCGUUCCCCGAGUUCUGAAUCCGAGAAAUGACGGUCCGAAAUGUCACAGGGAUCAUUUUAUCUCUAGGUGUACAAGCGGUAUUCGUAUUUUUUCGGAUUCGAAUGGACUUAGUGCAAAAGCGACAUCCGAAGUGGGUCCAAGUUUUCUAGAUUUGUAUAACGGAUUCAGAACGACUACUAAUCGAAUUCAGUGCCCUAAUGCACUAACUUCAAAAUUGCAACGCAGUAAAUACACCGUUGCCUCUCUGGUAUGUCAUUACGUUUUCCUAAUAUUGACUUUAUUAAAAUACUGCUCUAUUGGUGUUCAAUAAUAUUAUUAUUACCAAUUGGCAAAUUGUAGAAGUUGUAUAGACGUAAAUUAUGUACAAAUAUAUUUCAUAUUACACCAACAAAAUUGUUUCUUUAUUACUUUGUUUAUGGUAUAAAGUUAUGAGUAUUGUUUAGUUAUAUUCGAAAAUGCAUAGUUCAAAAUAUCUUCAUUUCGUACACAAGUAAAUGACACUUGAAAUUGACUUAAUGAGUAAACACUGCCACUUCUUCCAUGGGCAAAUUGCCUUGAGAAGAAUGACUAAGAAACUGCUGUGAUUGCUCUAUACCAAUGUUCAUGGUUAUCUUUUAUAACGUUCCUGAAAAAACUAAAGGCAUCAUCCCCAUAAUUUUUUGUCAUUCAAGUUACUCAGAAAUUGUUUAAUACAUAUUAUUUUGCAUAAAGUUUUUGUUUUACAACAGUUUAUAAGUAUCUUAUUAUAAAAGUGUAAGUAUGAUUGCCUCCUGCAAAAUCCAUUAGACUUUAUAGUGUGUGUACUACACGUAAAAGUACAUAAAUUGGCAUUUCAUGUUUUGCUUACUAUUUAACCACACAGUAGACGUGGGCAAAGCUAUUGAAAGCUCAUUACUAUGCGUCUUACUACGAACGAAGCCUUUGAAAUGUUGUACUGGAGAAAAAUAGAGAGAAUCAAUUGGACAGAGAGAGAAAGCAAUAAAGAGGUAUUAAGACAAUACAGUACAGCAGGGUAAAAAUGUGUAACGACUGUUUUGUAGAACCAUUAUGGGAGAAAGAUCCAAGGACUGGCAGUGGAAAGACUAAAUGUAGUUAUCUAUAUCAAACAAUGGGAAUGUUACUCAAUGUUAGGGUGCUGAGCAGAAAUAUUGAUGAUAACUUCAUAGAUAGGACUAUAGCUCAGAAAUAAGAAUAAUUAAAUAACGUGCACACUCAUAGCUCCGCACUAGGGAAACACUGUGUCGCGGAUGCCAUGGACACACACAUAGAGAACCACAAAUUACAACCAAACUCACCAGGGAAAUAAAUGUAGGCCAUACAAAUAUUUCUCCCCGGGAACUCGUCAUAAGAAAUAACUUUUCAGGUUUCUUCCCAGCAAUUCUUCGGGAAUACGAAACCUAUGUGCUUACGCUCUCGAUAUAAUUUUAGUUUAUUUCUCUCAACAUUACAAAUUUCGUACAAAUUACAAUUACCUACUUGUCAUUUUAUACUACUCUUCAAAAAGUGAGCGUUGGUUUACAAAAUAAUGAAGAAAUAAUUAUAUAAUAGUAAGUUAUAUGUGCACAAUAAUAUACAUGUACAAAUUAACAUAAUUAAUGACACUAAUAAAUA